GAUGCAUUUGUUGCAAGUGUCAAGUUCGAGAGGCGUGGCGUGGCAGCAGCAUGCACCCGCGCUGGCGGCUUGGCCGAAUGGAUCCUUUACCCUGUCACUGAUCACGGGGCCGUCCGUCAUGGGUCAAAUGUGUCGAGCUUGAUACCCUGCUGCAAUCCCGCAAACUCAUCCGUGAAUUCGACAGGUUUCGACAUACUCAUAGUGAUCGCAUGGCCACAUUUGCUAUGACCAGCAUUCGAAGCCGGCAGCUUUGGGUGAUACAAAUUACUGUGUAGUUUCUGAAUUGUGGGGUCGUUGGAUAACGGCGCCGCUGCCGCCGCGGCCAUCGCAAUGCUGCAAGGCAUUGAUCCAUCACUAUUCCCGGUCCUGAAGACACGAAGGGCACUCGUGAUUGUGGACGCACAGAACGAUUUCCUAUCUGCGGAUGGGCCUUUACACAUAGACGUGCCUGGCAAUCUGACGGACCGCAUCAUUCAACUAGUCACAGGUUUUCGGCCAUAUGGCGACAUAGUUUGGAUUUGGAGCGAGUAUAGCCAACCACGGCCCGCAAGGAGCGAGCAGAUCAUCGUUUCUGACACACCAAUCAAAGAUUCAAGGCGUUCGUCAUCAUCCAGAGGCAAGAGACAGGCCAAUGGCGGCGAUCAGCCUCCAUCAAGAUGCGCAGAGGCUUUCCUCUCAGGUCCCGCACCGGGUCGGCCGGAGUGUGUCAGGAAAGGAAGUGACGGCGCAAAGCCUCCGACUACCAUUCAAGAGCUUAUGGGAAAGAAGGACAUGUCCUUUGUGAAGACACACUAUUCCGCCUUUCAAAUCCCAGACCUGAUCCAGCGCCUGAGGAUGAAAUUUGUUAGUGAAGUCUUCAUCUGCGGAUCUCUCUCCAACAUUGGUGUCAUGGCCACCGCGAUCGAUGCGGGGUGCCAUGGUUUGGAUAUUGGCAUCAUCGAAGACUGUUGUGGUCGUAGAGAUGACAGGCGACAUGCUGGAGCACUUGCGCGCAUACAGGAGAUGACCGGCUGCGAGGUUUUGUCCACCGACAAGAUUCUGGAACGCCUCAAACCCAAGCCCAAGGUGCAGAGACAACUGGCAGCUCCAAUACCCAACCCUUCUGGGAGGCGCUAUCCAGUUGUCUACGAUGCCUCUUCUGGUAACACCGAUGGGAAUGAAGAAAUGAAAGCGAGCAACGAAAGCUCAUCUUCCACUGCACCAGCGACGGCAAACCUGGCUUCUUCGAUGGCAAAAAUGUCACUCUCUAAUCAAGCAGAAGAUGAGCUACCACCAAUAACAUUUACUCGCGCCAGAGUUGCGAUACGUGGCCGGCCAGCGCGCCCUUUGCUUGACAUCGAAAAACGAUUUGGCGAGCAGCUCAGAGACCCAGACGCCAUGUACGAUAAGAUCAACAGUAGUUUGGGCAUUGGCAGUGAGUCACAUAAUGGGGGGUCCGGAUUGUCAGUGGGCAUUGCACAGCCACAAACUACCCCAGAAGCUAGAAGACAAGAGAAGGUUUCUGAAGGUAAGCAAAGCAUUGUCAAUACAUCUGAAACGACAAAAGCAGAUAGCGUGGCCAUUACAACGAAAAUAUCAAAGUUGGACUACGGAGAAAGUGCUCAAUCAACAGUUGUGCCCAGACAGGCGCAGACUUUUCCUAGCACAAUGGAGAAAGCAACUACGGUCAUAAAAGCGAAGACCCUUCCUCCCACAGAUACGACGACCGUAAGGAGCACAUUGGACUACUCGCAACAAACACCAGCAAAUAUAGGUGCCAAAGAGGAAAUCACUAGAGAAGCGAACAACAUGAGUAUCGGCGAAAGCGAACCUUUGUGCGAGGGUGACACCAGAGUGAUAUACAAUGUGCUGCCACAUCCACUUUCUGACAAUAUAUUCAAGAAAAUCAAAGAUGAGGUCGAGUGGAAGCGAAUGUCGCAUCAAGGAGGAGAGGUGCCGCGACUGGUAGCUGUCCAAGGAGAGGUGGAUCAGGAAGGCAAUACUCCUGUCUAUAGACAUCCCGCAGACGAAUCGCCACCGUUGCUUCGGUGGACACCAGCCAUCAAGGAUAUCAAGGACGUGGUGGAGCGGAAGGUUGGCCAUCCGUUGAACCAUGCACUGAUCCAAUAUUACCGCGAUGGGACCGACUACAUCUCCGAACACAGUGACAAAACAUUGGACAUAGCGAAAAACAGCUUCAUCGUCAAUGUCAGUCUCGGUGCCGAACGGACCAUGACCCUGCGUACCAAACGUCAUCCCAAACCCAAAGACGCACCUCAACCACAAUCCACCGUGGAUGGCCCGAAACGUGAGGUUCAGCGCGCACGGCUGCCGCACAACUCCAUGUGCAAGAUGGGCUUGCAGACAAACAUGCGAUGGCUUCAUGCCAUUAGGCAGGACCAUCGACUCGAUCGUGAUAAGACCGAGGAGGAACUUGCAUAUGGGGGCGCCCGCAUCUCGUUAACGUUCAGGCAGAUAGGCACUUUCCUGGACCGCGAACAGAAGAUGAUAUGGGGCCAAGGAGCCAAGGCGAAGACGAAGGAGGCAGCAAACGAGGUCAUCAAUGGUCAGACGCCCGAAGCAGUAAAGAUGCUCCAGGCAUUUGGCCGGGAGAACCAGUCCACCGAGUUUGACUGGGAAGAAUCUUACGGCUCGGGUUUCGAUGUCUUACACAUCUCCGCCGCUCCUCGAUUGUUCACUAGCAGCGACCCAGUAGCCAACCUGCGAGUACAGCUCAUGCUUGCCGAGCUAGGUGUUGGGCACGCAAAGGGCAGCCUUGCCCCAGUUUCUACCAGCCGGGAACGGCAGGAACGUCGAUCGGGAGAUCCUCUAAUCAAGCUAGCCGACAAUGAUCAAGCUAGGACGACUGUUCGCGGAGAUGUAGCGAUCAUGAUGUAUAUCGAUCGUUUUUAUGGCAAGCACAGCGGCGACUCAUCCGAGAGACCGAACAUCGCUCGCGCAUUUGAGAGGUUCCAAGAAGCCCUAACCCUAGACCCAGAGCGAAGCCAUGAUCCGAAGUGUCUGGGGUUAUGGGAAGCUUACGCCGAACAGGCAGAUUACAUUGCUGGAGGAGCUUCUAUCAGCAUAGCUGACUUUGCUUUUUGGCCCAUGCUUCACGAAACUCUGGGAAGUAAUAGUGACUCUAGAGCAGCACUCGAAAACUUUCCCAAUCUCAAGGCAUACUACUCGCGCAUUAGGGCAAGCGACACUAUCGUCAAGAUGAUCGGGAAGGAGAAAGAAGUAUCCAGCCCUAAAUCAUCCAAAUUGGUGUCCCCAUCAGCAUAGCAAAAGAAAUUACAAACUAAU